GCCAGAUCCUCGGGAGCUGGUCUCUGGCUCCUCGGCUUGUGGCUGUGGAUCACGCCAGGCUUGCCCUCCGCACAACGCUCCGGGACCCCCAUCGCUCUCGCGCCCUCUACCCGCCAGGCUGGGGCCGCAGACCCCCAGUCGCCUCCCUCUCAUCUACCGCAGCUCCUGCGUCUCCAGUUCCUAAGACAAGAUGCCGUCGGGCUUCCAACAGAUCGGCUCCGAAGAUGGGGAGCCCCCUCAGCAGCGAGUCACUGGGACCCUGGUUCUUGCCGUAUUCUCUGCUGUGCUCGGCUCCCUGCAGUUUGGCUACAACAUUGGGGUCAUCAAUGCCCCCCAGAAGGUGAUUGAACAGAGCUACAAUGAGACGUGGCUGGGGAGGCAGGGGCCUGAGGGACCCGGCUCUAUCCCACCGGGCACCCUCACCACCCUGUGGGCUCUCUCUGUGGCCAUCUUCUCUGUGGGAGGCAUGAUCUCCUCCUUCCUGAUUGGCAUCGUCUCUCAGUGGCUGGGAAGGAAGAGGGCAAUGCUGUUCAACAACGCCCUGGCAGUGCUGGGGGGCGCCCUCAUGGGCCUGGCCAAGGCAGCUGCCUCCUACGAGAUGCUCAUUCUUGGACGGUUCCUCAUUGGCGCCUACUCAGGGCUGACGUCGGGGCUGGUGCCCAUGUACGUGGGGGAGAUCGCCCCGACUCACCUGCGGGGUGCCUUGGGGACACUCAACCAACUGGCCAUUGUCAUUGGCAUCCUGGUCGCCCAGGUGCUGGGCUUGGAGUCCAUGCUGGGCACUGCCAACCUUUGGCCGCUACUCCUGGGCAUCACAGUGGUGCCUGCCCUCCUGCAGCUGGUCCUGCUGCCCUUCUGCCCAGAAAGCCCCCGCUACCUCUACAUCAUCCGGAACCUGGAGGGGCCCGCCAGAAAGAGCUUGAAGCGCCUGACAGGCUGGGCUGACGUGUCUGAAGCGCUGGCCGAGCUGAAGGAGGAGAAGCGGAAGCUGGAGCGUGAGCGGCCACUGUCCCUGCUCCAGCUCCUGGGCAGCCACACCCACCGGCAGCCCCUCGUCAUUGCAGUUGUGCUGCAGCUGAGCCAACAGCUGUCGGGCAUCAAUGCAGUUUUCUAUUAUUCAACCAGCAUCUUCGAGACGGCAGGGGUAGGACAACCAGCCUACGCCACUAUCGGAGCCGGUGUGGUCAACACGGUCUUCACCUUGGUCUCGGUGUUCUUGGUGGAACGGGCUGGGCGCCGGACCCUCCAUCUCCUGGGCUUGGCAGGCAUGUGUGGCUGUGCCAUCUUGAUGACCGUGGCUCUGCUUCUGCUGGAGCGGGUUCCAGCCAUGAGCUAUGUCUCCAUCGUGGCCAUCUUCGGCUUUGUGGCCUUCUUUGAGAUUGGCCCUGGCCCCAUCCCUUGGUUCAUCGUGGCCGAGCUCUUCGGCCAGGGACCCCGCCCAGCAGCCAUGGCCGUGGCUGGUUUCUCCAACUGGACGUGCAACUUCAUCAUUGGCAUGGGUUUCCAGUACGUCACGGAUGCUAUGGGUCCUUACGUCUUCCUUCUAUUCGCGGUCCUCCUGCUUGGCUUCUUCAUCUUCACCUUCUUAAAAGUGCCUGAAACCCGUGGCCGGACGUUUGAGCAGAUCUCAGCCGCCUUCCACCGGACACCCUCUCUUUUAGAGCAGGAGGUGAAACCCAGCACAGAACUUGAGUACUUAGGGCCAGAUGAGAAUGACUGAGGGGCUAGUCAGGGGCAGGAGAGCCAGUUCCCUCAAGCUGCCCAGAGAUCCCUUCUUUUCCUCUGCAGCACUUUAACCCUCUCUUCCCCAUCACUUCCAGGGUGGAAAACCCCCCUGCAGCCUGGUGGAAGUGGGAAGCUGGAGGGAAGGGGGGUUUGGGCACCCCCUCAUCCCCCUCGUGUGACUCUUGGAUUAUUUAUGUUGUGGUUAGGCUGUGGCCGUGGGGUGGGCCAUUCUCCCUUCUCAUCCCCUCCUUCCUUGGUAGCCCACCCCCACCCCACCUCAGCUCUAGAAUACUUCCGUCCGGACUAGCAUGGGGGAUUAUAGGGAGGAGAGGCUCUAGGACUGACUUUCCGGUGGGGCUGAGCUGAAGUCAAGAGGAGGACUGGAGAAGAGAAAUCCAGUUCCUGCCACCUUGGACUCCUCCCACUCUGGCACUUUCUCUGAAUUCUUGCCACAGACUCUGGGGGGAGGGGGGAUGCUCUCUUGUCCCCUCCUGGGCAAAGGAUUCACCGCCCCCCCCUCCAAGACCUAACCUCUGUCACUGCAGGCUCAGUCCUCUCACUCAACCUUCCGGGGCAAGAGGGAACACGCGUCCACAUGUGGUGAGAGGAAGGGACAGCAGGCUCCCCUCUAGGCUCAGGGUUCCGGGCCCCACCCCAGCUGCUCCCCAAGGCUCCCCAGCUCUUUCCUCCUCUCCCAUCUUGGGAGGGUGCUGUACCCACAGGCUUUUGACCAACUAAGGAAAAGAGGGAUUUGAAAGGCUGCCUGUGAACACUGGGCUGGGAGGAGCCUUCAGAUAUUUUUGUAUAUGUUUGAAAAAGAAGGGGCAGGGAGAAGAAACCGAAGGUCUGUUGUAUUAAAUGUGUAUAUAUAGA